CGUCAAGGCGACUGGAUAAGCCAUGAUUCAGGUUUUACGAAAUAUCACUCUAUUGCUUUUGCUUCCAGUGCUUUAUAGUUUUAGCGAAUCCCGUUGCAGCAUGUGAGUUGUCAAGUUUUUGUUGUUUUUGGUUAUCGUAGUUUCUUCUUACUUACCGCUUUAUUUUGAUGGCUUUUUUAACUUAGCUUCAAAUCAACGGCUUCAGACUCUACUCAUUCAUUUUUUUAAAAACUUACACAAGCAGUUGUAAAACGCGACUAAUUUCUUAGUAAAGAUGUCCGGUCCUGAUUUGCCUCUAUUCGUUAAACGAAAGCUCGAGACCUUACAGUGCCCGGACGCAAACCCAUGCCUAUCAAAUUUUCCAAGAACGCUGUUGUGGCUCGAGGAGGAGAAGAUACGACUAUGGACGCCAGCAGAAAGAUCGAAACUCCGGGAAGUGAAUGCAGGCGGGAAGUGGUAUCGAGCUGCGCGCGAAUACCUCAAGGAGCUAGGUACUUGAUAAAGUUGCGAUUCCUAGAAGCACGACGAGGGGACUGUAUUAAAGGAUUGGAGAGUCUUACGAUUAUUCAUAAGGUUUCUACUAUAAGGUCUCUCAACAGGUAAGUGCAAUAUGUAAGAGUUCAAGUGUGCUUCAAAACAGCACAGGUAUAGACGAGCAACUUGCGGAAAAACUCCAGGAUAGAGAUGUAGCGACUAAGGUCAGAGUCCUCGACCUGCUGACUUCUAUGGCUGUGCACGAUGAGUACCAAGAUGCAGCUGCCGAGGGAACAGUAGUGCGCAUGGAUCCUCAGAUGGAAGCGGAAAAUGACGAGGAAGUCAUAGACGACGUCGUAGGCCGAAAGGAGAGAGGGCUAGCGCUGGAUCAGCUCGUUGAGCCGUUGAAUCUGGUACAUUUCCUGCUCUAUUCUAAAUUCUUGCGCCGCAUGCUGGCACCAGUAUUUCAUUGUAAAAAGUAUUAAAAAUGAAGAAGAAGUGCAUGAUGAACAUUUAUGGAUUCAUCGUGAAGGAAGAUUUCUAACUAAGCGUCCGUGGUGAUAACCAUAUUAACGUUUAAAUGUCUAUGUUGUGCAAAUCAUCACAGCUUUUUUCGCAAAACGGUUUGCCGACGUUGUCCGCCGACGUAACAGAGGAUGACAUAGCUGCUGCUGUUGGUAUCGUGCAUGCGCGCCUCUUCCCUCCGGCAGUAGGGAAACCAGACACCGUCGAUCUGCAGAAAGUCCCCACUGGUGUGGAGGGCCUUAAUACAGCAUCUUCAUCAAGAGGAUUGCAGGAGGCAGUAGCAAUAUUACGCUUCCUUCAUAACCAGAACAUGCGAAAUUUCCAGGCGCAGAUUAACGACACCAUAAACAGCCUACAGCAAUUCACGGCCGAUCCAAAAACUGAUGGAGCGAUUGGGAGAGUUGGGAGAUAGCAAUUAGCAAGCAUGUUUUCUUCGUAUUGAAGUCUCCCCAGGAGCACAUGCUCACAACAAACUCACUUGCUUGUUUCUCAUACUUUAUAAUUGGCCCCAUCCCACAAUACAUUCAAUCACAUAAUAACGCAUCCAAAAGACGCAGAAGCUGAUGCAGCGGCAAUCCAGCAUUGCGGUUGCUCUAAAAAGGGGACACUCACUGUUUUGGGGACAGGCAAUGCGUAGGCGUUGCCGGAAACACGAAGUUUUGUGUAUUUGAAGCAUUUAAAAUAGAUGCG